CUCUACAACUAGCAGCUGUGAGGGAUCACAAGACACGGGUAAGAACUUUCUGAAACAAUACAAAUGAUCGCUAAUGAUUAUGUCAAACCACAUACAACCUUUGUUCGAUUAUCCCAAGCAUUUCCUCUGAAACAUAUUGGUUUAUAACUACCUCAGACACAGAGAGGCACUGUUGCACAUGAAGGCCACCCCCACACUCACCAUCUGGAUCAUUUGGAGGGCGGAGUGGCCGCUUUCCCUCCGUCCCUCUUGCGCUCUCUCCCUUCCUCCCUUCCCUUCCUGCCGGCCUCUGAGCAGAGGAUGUGUCUGGGAGUGUGAGAGAGGAAGGCUGGCGGUAAAGUGGGUAUGUACCCUCUCUCUUCUUCCCCCUCAUUACUCUCUCUGUCUCUGCUGAUUGCUCUAUCUGGCGACACUGAGCAGGCCCUCUGGGCAGGGCAGUCUCUUAGUGGCAGAACGGUGAACGGUGGAACAACAAGCCUAAAUGUCAGACGGAGACACGAAUGGCCGAGACAAUCAUGAAGAUGCCCUUGUCCCAGUUGAGGUGUGGCCAGAGUUGGAGAGAGCCGAAUGUUUGGCUCGGGGUGCUGCGCUGAAAUGGGCCUCAGGUGUCUUUUGUCGUCCAGAGCAUCUGGAGAGACUUGGACAAUACAGGAAAAGAGAGAGUCAACGAACUGCUUCGAUUCAUUCAAGGUUAAAGUCAGUUGUACAGUCCUACCUGGAAGGUGUUGACUGGGGUCUUGGUCAACUGCGAGAGGCACGAGCUGAGCUGAGAGAAGUGUCUCGUGACAUGCACAAGGUGAAUUUGGAGUCCAGGAAAAAUUCUGAAGAGGUAACUACACUGGAGACACUUCGGGAGGUUUCUGUCAAUCACUGCCAGCUCCUUGCUGCAGUUAGCAACCUUCCACGCCUCUACAAAGUGCGGAGCAUGGUGCUAGAGACAGAGAGGCUAGUGGAGUCUCGUAGACUACUGGAAGCCCAUGCUCGGCUAAUGGAACUAGAGCGCUGGCAGGAUGAGGUACUGUUGCAGCUCCAGGGACCCAGGGGAUCAUCUGGAACAGGAUUAACCUCUGAAAAUGAGGAGUUGGUGCGGAAUUAUUUCUCAGGUGUUGGACACCUGGUGGAUGCCCUUGCCAAGGAGCUCUGGGCAGUGGUGGGGAGUGGGUUGACGCUUUGCCAUCAGAACCCCACGCCUUUUGUGUCAGCUGUAAGGAUAGUGGAGCGUGAAGAAGCACUAGAUCAGUUCUUUCUGGAGGAGCGGAGAUCAACAUUGGGACACAACACACCCAUGCCCCCUGGGAGACCACGUUGUUGGAGGGACUGCUUCUUCAAGGUGAUGGAGGAGGCAGUGUCAGCACGUUUCCGUAGUGUGUCCUACUUGCACACUCAAGGGCCAGGGCUUGCAAGUCACUUGUCUGCACUACAGCACUGCAUUAUGGGAGACCUUUCAACAGUGCGGCAUGUUCUGGAACAGUGUGUUCCAGCUCACUAUCGUUUAACAAGAGCUUACCUGCGCUCCUGCCACCAGUUCUUGCAGACCCAUCUUGGACUGGUUAGUGGAUGGGAGCUAGAGGGUGGGGAAAUCUUUGCUGUUCUUAACUGGGUUCUGCACAUAUACAACAGCUCAGAGAUGAUGGGUGAGCCAGCCCUUGUAGCUGAGCUAGACAUUGAGGACCUGGGACCUCUCAUAUCUCAGGAAGGUCUUGAGCAGCUGCAGAACAAAUAUGUCCAAAAAGUUCGGAAGAGUGUCUCUGAGUGGAUGCACAAGGCUCUAGAGGUAGAGUUGACAGACUGGCAGAGGGAUCAGGAACCAGAUAUUGAUCAUGAGGGCUGCUAUCACACCAGCCUUCCAACCAUCAUCACACAGAUGCUAGAAGAAAAUGCACGGGUGGCCUUGAUGAUAAGCAAAGCUCUGCGGGACCAGACAGUCCAAAUGGGUCUUUAUGAGAUGGAGAACCUCCUCAGCCGAUUUCGAGAUGCAAUCAUAGAAUUUGGGAAGGAGCAUCGCAGAGAUCCAAACAUAAACAAGUUCUACCUCCAUUAUCUCCUGGCUUGCAUUAGCAACUGCAUCAUCCUCAAAACCUCCACAGAAAGUCUGCAGCAGCAGUUGUGCUCCUUUCCUUCAAACCGGUAUUCUCGCAUUUCACUUGGACCUCUGGCUGCCCUGGACCGUGCUGUGAGAAAGGCAUGUCGCUUAGUUAUGGACCAUCUCUUGUUUGAGCUACAACCUCAUCUACAAGAGCUCCUGUCUCGUACCUGGCUGGACCAGGGAGAUGUAACCCCAAAUAUGUGUGGGGUUCUAGAACGUCACUGUGAAAUCUACAACAGAGUGCGGGAACCUUGUCGCCAGAGGCUAAAGGAGGAAUGUCAAUGGCUAACUGUUGUUGAGUAUGUCCGAGCACUGAUGCAAAAGAGACUAGUCUGCAGAAGUAAUGAUGAGCGAAAUCAGUUGGCCCAGCGAAUGUCACAGGAUGCUCAGCAGCUGAGGGACCACCUUCAAAGCAUGGAGAUUGAUGGGACCAUAGGCGAGGUGAAUCCCACUGCUUUGAUACUUGCACUGGCUGACAUAAUCAAUGUGAAAGACCCAGGCAUGCUAAUACUGGAUAUUUCUGGACUGGUAGCCAAGUAUCCUGAUAUAAAUGAGGAGCAUGUCUCUGUCCUGUUGGAUGUAAGAGGGGAUGUGCCCAAAGAUGUCCGGAAGUCAGUACUAGAUUUUCUGGAGAAGAACGCCCCACCUUUACCACCAGGAUACCGCCCUAUAUUCACAGAAAUCCUUGUGCCCUCUUCCAGCAUUCAAUUUUGUCUGCCUACUGCAAAGUGUACUUGAGAAGCACUCAGAGAAACUACCUAACUGAACUGUAUCCAGCCUAGUGAAUGAGAAAUUCAUUAUUAAUUCAUCAGUAUUCAAUAAGACUAGCCUAUUCGUUUUCUGCUUGGUCUUGUCUGGACAAUGUCAUAUUAGUACAUUAUAAUGUGCCCAAAAACUAUUUACAUUUACGAUCUUACAAAAAAGUGCACAAACAAAAUGUACAUACAAGAACACAUGUAUGGUAGAAACAAGAGAAAUCUGGCCCAUUGCAUUGCAUAUUUGGGGCGAUAAUUUUUGAAUGUAAAUUUAUAAAAAUGUAAAUGUUACCAAACAUUGCACUCCCAAAGAUAUACAAUUAAUUGCUUUAAAACUUGUAUAUUGUGGUGCACUAUGUAUUUUGUGGUUGACUGUCAGUCAAUAAAGUAAUGCAUUUUAAAAAAAAAAUUUAUUAAACCAAUUCAUCAAUUCAUAAAUUCAAGGGUAUUACACUAACAACCAACAUUAUAAAUACAAUGGUACAUGAAUAUAGGGUACCAUUAUCGAUCUGAAACCACUGUACUAUGACACAUUACAUUAUUUCAGCCAUGGCAGAUUUUGUAAGGAUAAUAUUGGUCCCGUGGAUAUGUUUGCAUUUAUAGGACACUGAUUUUUGAGACAGGGGACAAAAUGGUAAAUAAUAAUAAUAAUUAAACCAUGUAUUAAUUUUAAAACAUAUUGUAUGAUGGAGAAAAUUCUGUAUUACUUUUACU